AUGCAAACUUCGGAAUUACUUACUAUUAAUUUUCCGAAAGCCUCAAGUCGAAAGGCUUCCAUCGUAUCCUCAAGUGCUCCACCAAGUCCUCAUUUUCUUCAAAAUAAUUUAAGUCAUGACUUAAAUGAUAUUUUACGAGGUUUUGUUGAUGAAUUAUGUGAAAUUUUUAUUGAAGCAAGGCAACGUGGUAAACCUGACACAACCACUUGUAAACUUUUUACCGAUUAUUUAAAAUCACAAAAUCAGAAUGUAGAACAAAUUUUUGAAUGUCUUUUAAACAAUACACAUAGACCUGAAUACACUGCCCUUUUAGGUUACUUUUAUUCUAAAGGAAUAGGAACAAAACCUAGUUUUCGUAAAGCUUAUAGUUUAUAUCUUUCUGAAGCUAAAAAAGAUUUCUUCAUAGCUCAAGAUUUAGUUGGUGAUUGUUAUUAUUUGGGUCGUGGAACAAUUAAAGAUUGUAGAAUGGCUUUUGAAUGGUAUCAAAAGGCCGCCGACAAUGGAAGUAUUGGUGCUCUUACAAGUUUAGGAAUUUGUUAUUAUUUAGGUGAAGCUGCAAGAGGUGGUUCUACCGAUGGUAAAAAAAGUCUUGCUUCAUGUUAUGAAAAAGGAAAAGGAACAAAAAAGGACAUUAAGAAGGCUAAAUUUUGGAAUAAGGAAGCUGCUAAUGACAGUUAUAAAGCGACAAACAGACGAACUAAACAAACUCAAAAUAAAAAUAAAUUACCCUCAAAAAAUGUUAAAAAAGAGCCUUCCGGUAGAAGCAAGCUUGCUAAUGGUGUUAAUACAGAGCCUUCAAUCAAAAAUAAAUCAUCACCAAAAAAUGUUAAUUCACAUAAGUCUCCUUCAGAACCUUCAAAUCAUGUCAAUUCAUAUGAACAUUCAGAACCUUCAGUCGAAGAUAUUUUAUCAAAUAGUGUUCAUGAACUUUCUUCAAAAUCAGAGGUUAUCGAUUUGGAGCCUUACGUAGAAAGCGAUUUACCUGAAUCUCCUGAAGAAUCUUUUGAUGCUAUUAUUCCAGAUCCUUCUGACGAACAUUCUCUUGAAGAAUAUGAAAUUAUCAUUCCAGUCGAAUCAUGUUCAGAACCUUCUGCAGAAAGCAAUUUACCAGAAGAAACUACUGUUUCAUAUGAAUUUGUUGAUAUAUACGAAUCUUCUGAACAAUUUUCUGAAAAUAUUAUUCCGGUCACAUCAUGUCCAGAACACUCUGUUGAAGGCGACAUACCAAUAGAAUCUUCUGAACAACCAUCUGAAAAUACUAUUCCGGACACAUCAUGUACAGAGCCCUCUAUUGAAAGCGAUAUACCGUUAGAAAUUACUGAUCCUCCUGUGGAAUCUUUUGAACAAUCUUCUGAAACUAUUAUUCCAGAGCCAUCUAUUGAAAGCGAUAUACCAUUGGAAACUACUGAUCUUCCUGUAGAAUCUUCUGAAAGUAUUAUUCCAGAAUCCUCAAUUGAAAGCAACACACCAUUAGAAACUACGGAUCUAUCCGUGGAAUCUUUUGAAAUCAUCAAUAAAGAGCCAUCUAUUGAAAGCAAUAUAUCGUCAGAAACUACUGAUCCACAUGAAUGUCCUCCUGUGGAACCUUCUGAAAUCGCUAAUCAAGAACCAGAGUUGUCUAUGGAAAGCAAUUCAUCACCAGAAAAUGCUAUUAUACAAGAAUCCUCUCCUAAGCCUCUUAAAAUUGUUGAUAAAGGUUCUAGCGUUGAUACAAAACCUAGUGUUCCCACCAAGAAGAAACGUAAGAGAUGUUCAAAAUUGGAACAAGUAGAAAAACGUAUAAACAGACGAAUUAAGUGGUAUAAGAAGAAUCUUUAUGAUGAAGUUAAUUAUGAGUUAUUGGAAGAUUUUCCUGCUUGGUUACGCGGUUGCGAAAUGGACAAAUAUGCUCCUUUAUUUGAGGGAAAACGAUGGCAAGAUAUUGUAAAAAUGAAAUAUAAAGACUUAAAAGAAUUGGGAAUUGAUCAUCAUGAAUCAGCAUGGCAAUUACAAUCGAAUUUUUGGAUAAUUAACUGUGAUCUUGCUGCAAAGAAAGGAAAAACAUUACCUUAUAAAGGAGGC